AGACGUCCCGGCUAAGGCCCCUCCCAUUGCAGGGCGGGACCUCACUGUACCCAAAAGAUACAUUUAAUAUUAAUGAAGUCGCGAAUUGGCUCCAACUCACGUCAGUCCUGCUGCGCGACUACUGGAGGCUGGCGGACUUCCUUCAACACUAUUUCUGGGUAACGGGGUAAAAGUAGCCCCCAAAAAAAUGUUGCCGAUCCACUGAGCGGGGACUCGCUGAAUGGAGGCAGCCCCGUCAUCGAGCGGACAUAGUGAAUUACUGAACCCCCGACAGCAACACACACACCGAGCGGCGUGUUGAGUUCUCCGUAGACGUCCAGCCCUCGGCCUCCCCAUGCCUCCAUCUCCCCUCGACGACAGAAUUGUGGUGGCGCUGCCAAGGCCGAUCCGACCUCAGGAACUCCGACUGCGACUGGACACCAGCUACCUGGAUUCCAUCGCCUCCACCAGCAGCGACAAUACGGUCCUCAGCGCCACCGUGGUGAAGAUUCGGGCGACGGCCAAUCUUGUGACGUAUAUGCCCUCAUCCAAGGGUUCCACGCGCUCCUUGUCGUGUGGAUGCAGCAGUGCCAGCUGCUGCUCUGUGACCACCUAUGAGAAGGACAGCCCCAGCCUGAACCACGGUCAGGUGAGCGCCAGCAGCCCCAACCUCAGCUAUGCCGGACCCCCUAUGCUCAGCAACCACGAAGCGUUAAGCGCCUCCAGCCACGCCCCGGGCGCACCAAAGGCGCACCCGUCCACCACUGUGAGACUCAUCCACCCCAAUGAGCUGGCCAAGCGGAUGACCUGCUGCCCCAUGGGUCACCCCGUCGGGCCCGUGCCGGUCAUCAUCGACUGCCGGGCCUUCACGGAGUACAACAAGAGCCACAUCCGGGGGGCGGUGCACAUCAACUGCUCUGACAAGAUCAGCCGGCGGAGGCUGCAGCAGGGAAAGAUCACUGUGCUGGACCUCAUCUCCUGCCGGGAGGGCAAGGACUCGUUCAAGGGCAUUUUCUCCAAAGACAUCGUGGUCUACGACGACAGCACCGCCGACCCCAACAGGGUGGCGCCCUCGCAGCCUCUCCACGUGGUCCUGGAGUCGCUGAGGAGGGAGGGCAAAGACCCCAUCGUUCUCAAAGGAGGCCUUAGCUGCUUCAGGCAGAGCCACGAGAACCUGUGCGACCACUCGCUGCACCUUCACGAAGGUCCGGACUCGGGCGCGGCCGCGGGCCUCUUGGGGGCGCUACCUCACAUCCUGCCCUCCACUCCGGACAUCGAGAACGCAGACGUGACGCCCGUGCUGCCCUUCCUCUACCUGGGCAACGAGCGCGACGCUCAGGACAUCCACUUGCUGCAACACUUGAACGUGGGCUACAUCCUCAACGUCACCACCCACCUGCCGCUUUUCCAUUACGACGCCGGCCUGUUCGUCUACAAGCGCCUGCCCGCCACCGACAGCAACAAGCAGAACCUUCGCCAGUACUUCGAGGAGGCAUUUGAAUUCAUUGAGGAAGCACACCAAGCCGGUCUGGGCCUUCUGAUCCACUGCCAGGCCGGCGUGUCUCGCUCCGCCACCAUCGUCAUCGCCUACUUGAUGAAGCACACUUGGAUGACCAUGACGGACGCGUACAAGUUUGUCAAAACCAGGAGGCCCGUCAUCUCCCCGAACCUCAACUUCAUGGGCCAGCUGCUGGAGUUCGAGGAAGACCUCAACAACGGAAUCACGCCACGGAUCCUCACGCCAAAGCUCACGGGCGUGGAGACCAUCGUCUGAAGUGUUCCAAUCGCUCAUUGGCUCGUGAGUAAGCCGCUAUUUUGAUUUUUUUUUUUUUUUUUUUGUUCCUUGACUCUCCCCUGCUCCCGAGUUCAUCUCGGACUCUGCGGAGUGCCAAAGCCGUGCGUCAGCAAAAGCCGUGGGUCAGAACUGAUGAGAAAUGCCAAAAAUCUCCCUACUGUUUGGACCUGGCUGACAUCCCGGAGGAGAGCGAGAGUUGAGAUGUUGAGACAAGAGCGAGAGAGAAUGUCUCUCGCUUGGAAGCUUUCCAUACGGGCCUGCAGAGGAGCAAAGCGUGAGACGGGAGAAGUUCACACUUCGCACUGUGGGCACACAUGUUGGCGGAGCUGGCCAAUGGUGUUGCCAGUCAUUUAAAAAAAAAAAAAAAAAGAAAAUAAACAGUUGAAGACACGUCUGGUGUGCUAAUGUUCUAUUUUUAUACAGCGGUGACCAUGACAAGCCCACUAUGGCUUAACUGUGCAAUAAUUUCUGAAUGGAAUGCAAUCUUGAUCUUCUGUGUGUGUGUGUGUGUGUGUGUGUGUGUGUAUAUAUUGGAAACGUUUCCAGCUCUUUGCUGAAUAUCGCUGUCAUGUCAUUCAUACCGUAUAUUCAUGUUGCGGGUGCAAUGCUGAUUAGGGAUGGGCGCUACAUUUCCUCGAUAGACGGCGGGAAAACAUUUGUCCUGCUUCCAUACCACAAUCGAGCUGCUGACUUGCUCUUUCGAGAGCAGAACGAGGCUAAAUUCUGGUUUCAGCCAGUCGCGUUCUACAUUUGGAAGAUUUUACAUAUGGAAGAUUAAGAAUGCAACCAAAUUCUUGAAAUUGGUCGAAUCAUCCAUUGUCAUGCCCAUCCCUAAUCGUUACAGGAACACGUUUUCGCCGUGGUUCUCAACUGUCGUCACCCCGGAACCUUCAUCGUUUCAAAGUCACGGCUCACUUUUAGAGAAGGUAACAAUAAAAAUAGCCUCGGACAGAUGUGAGGUAUGUUUUCAAGCAUAUUCCUUGGCUAUGAAGUCGGCUAGCCCAGCGGCUGAGCUGUACUGGAUUAUUUACGCGUAAAGUGUUGAAAAGUACAGUGAAAAAAAAAAAAAAAGGUGGGUCGCAUUUUCUCAAUUUUAGUUCGUCAAGCGAAGCGGUGGCACAAAAUAAAAACAUCUGGAUCGAGAUUAUGUUUUUUAAAGUAGAAGUGUAGUCUGCUGAAAAAUUGUAUUUGGGUCCGGAUGAUUCCAUUUUGGACAGCCACGCCCAAAUAAGACUGAAUCGAGUCAACAAACUUUUUUAAAUGUAGUCGUUAAGGGCACGCUUCCUGUCUGAACUUCCAACGUCUCUGUACCGGACAGAAAAAUACAAAUACCGCAGUAAUGUGACUUAAAAGGGGGACUUUUCCAACUUCUGAUUCAAAGUCUUUUUUUUUUUUUUUAUUUUGUACUGUGUCGCAAAACAUCAUUUUGAAGAUACGAGCCCUCGUAAGUCAAGAUACCUCUGCUCAAAUUAUUAUUAUAAUUUUUCUGCGAUCCACCCAAAAUGGUCUGUGACCAUGUUUGGUUCCCGGCCCACCAGUUGAGAAUCACAUUUGUAUCUUUUGCCAAAAAUCAACAAAACCACAUUCACACAUGGGGAAAAAAAAAAAAAACUGACAGGACAUAAAUUGAACCUAAAACAGGGCUACGGGUGAUAUUUUUAUGUAACAGAAUAGAUGUUUUUCACUGCCUGCUUUUCUUUUCUUUCUUUUUUUUGGCUCCUUGUCAUCUUCGCGCUAGCUAUCUUGUAAUAUGCCCUUACUGAGUGUGCGGCUAUUCUGCCGAAUAUGUCUCUUAAGCCCUGUCAUGAGGAGUUGCGGUAAUACACGGUGUAGCAGAGGUGAGGCGCCCACCUCAAAUGAACGCAGCCCUUCCCCGCCAAGUCUGGUGUGACCUUUCGACCUUUUGACACGAAGCUACGGCCGAGCGAGCGUUUCCGCCUGGCGUAGGCAAAAUGUCGCUUUUUCGCGCUGUUUCUAGUGCCUCGUUCAAAUGCCUUAACUCGUUUGGGGAUGGAUGCGCCCGCGGCGGAGGUUUUCACCCAGAGCUUUUUCUAAGUGCGGUCUCGGUCUUCUUGCCCUUUCAGAUGAAAUUAUUUUGAAUUUUGUUGAGCGAUAUAAGCCGCCGGAUGUGUCCUUCCGUGACCCGUCUUGACAGUCUUUGUCAUUUGCAUUUCGAACUCAAAAUGUGGCCAGGAUAUGAAUCAUCUAGGGCUUGACUGUAAUGUAAAUGUGAGUCAUGGGAAAAUGACGAAGUGUGAAUUCAACUCGAUGCUAUAUAAUAUGCCCACGUCCAAAGUUGACCCUCAGCCCACCGCGUCUCAAUUUUCACACUCAUUGCGCAUGAGGUUUUUUUUUUUUUUUUUUACUUCCUGCCUUGGUUAGGUCAUUACCGGAGUUGGUGAUGGAAAUAGACUUUUAAGGUAAAAUACUGAACACGAUGACACUAUCCUCAACAACAACAACCGCCCCCCCCUCCCCAAUCCCCAAGUUCCAUAUUUCCUGGUGAAAAAUUCACGCUAUGCAAAUGGGAAACGUUGCAGGUCGUUUGUACAAAGUAGUCAAUUGUGUUUAAGGGAUGCUGGCGCAACUCUUGGGCGCGCGAAGGACAGUAUGCAAUUAUUUUGUUAGUCCCUUUGAAUUCAAGUGCGUCGACGCGUCCUCACGUUGUAUCGCGGCGUCUUGUCGACAUGGCGCUGCGUAACUCGGAACCGCUUCGCACGGUUGGAGCUUCGGCAUUUAUCUUCAGCCAUCAGCCUCGGGGCAGAAAAAAAAAAAAUACGAGAGCUUGCCAUCCUGAGCCAAUGUUAUUUACGAGUACAGUAAUGUAUGCUUUUGUUUUGCGACACAUUGUUUUGUUUUGGGUAUGCACUGAUCUAUAUGACAAUGUAAACAGUGUAGUGUACAUUGCAGCUAUCAGCUUGAGGCGACGAAGGACGCCAUUUGCUCCUGCUGUGUGUGAGGGACUCGCGCGGUCCAUCUGGUGCUGUCUUUUUAAUCCCGCAAUGCUUGUUCUUUUUCUUGUAAUGAUUUUCGUGUCCAUAGCUUGAUCUUUCUUUUCCUGCCUCACAACAAUAUCAUGUAGAGUCUCUGCUUUGGGCUCAGAGGCUCCAUGAGAAUGAUUUACACAUUUCUAUCCCCCCCUCUCCCCCUUUUGUGUCAACUGUCAAGAAUAUUCAGUACAAUAUGUGACUAUACAGUAUCUAUUUUCUUUGUAUGCGUACAUUCGGACUAUUUUUGCACUGACCUAUGGACAGAUGGAUUUAUUUUUCUCCACAAAAGGGUGCUAUUAUAACGGAGGCCUUCUCCCUCACCUUUUUUUUUUUUUUUUUGCAUGACUUGCUCCGAAUUCGUCCACUUGUCUGUCAUCCCUUGGACUUCGACGACUGCUCCUCCUCGAACGGUUACCACUGAAGCACUGUAAUUUUUGUAAUCUCUACUUGUGAGCUUUGAAAAUAAACAGGGAGGCUUCGA